AUGGGGAAAGAUGGGGUUUUGGGGUUGAUUUUGUUCCUAAUUGUACUUUACGGAGCUUGGUUUUUUGAGUUAGGGUUUUCUGUGACUGUAACUUAUGACAAUAAAGCUUUGAUUAUAGAUGGGAAAAAGCGGAUUUUGCAGUCUGGAUCCGUUCAUUAUCCUAGAGCCACUCCUGAAGUGUGGCCGGAUAUCAUUGGGAAGGCAAAAGAAGGUGGAUUGGACGUGAUUGAGACCUACGUUUUCUGGAAUUAUCAUGAGCCUGUAAAGGGACAGUACUACUUUGAAGGACGGUUCGACUUGGUUAGAUUUGUGAAGACGGUGCAGGAAGCUGGCCUGUUUGUACAUCUUCGUAUUGGUCCAUAUGCCUGCGCUGAAUGGAAUUAUGGAGGAUUCCCUCUUUGGUUACACUUCAUCCCUGGAAUUCAAUUCCGAACCACGAAUGGCCCUUAUCAGGCAGAAAUGAAACUUUUUCUUGCAAAAAUCGUCAACUUAAUGAAGGAAGAGAACCUUUUUGCAUCACAAGGAGGACCAAUUAUUCUUGCUCAGGUUGAGAAUGAAUAUGGAAAUGUUGAGUGGGCCUACGGAGUUGGUGGAGAGCUAUAUGUAAAAUGGGCAGCAGAAACUGCUCUAAAUCUUAAUACAACUGUUCCUUGGGUGAUGUGCUCACAGAGUGAUGCACCUGAUCCAAUUAUAAACACAUGUAAUGGGUUCUAUUGUGAUGAUUUCACCCCAAAUUCUCCUUCAAAGCCAAAGAUGUGGACAGAGGACUACACUGGAUGGUUUCUUUCAUUUGGGUAUCCUGUUCCUUAUCGACCGGUUGAAGACCUGGCUUUUGCCGUUGCACGAUUUUUUGAGAAAGGAGGCACUUUUCAUAACUAUUAUAUGUAUUUUGGUGGAACAAAUUUCGGACGAACAGCUGGAGGCCCCCUGGUUGCUACAAGCUAUGAUUAUGAUGCCCCAAUAGAUGAGUAUGGAUCUAUAAGGCAGCCAAAGUGGGGUCACUUGCAAGACCUACAUAUGGCAAUAAAGCAAUGUGAAGAAUAUUUGGUAAAUGCAGAUGCAACUCAUCAAUCUCUUGGUUUAUACUUAGAGGCAGAUGUAUACUAUAGGACAUCCGAUGAUUGUGCAGCUUUUCUUGCAAACUAUGGUAGCAGAUUAGAUGCAAAUGUGACAUUUAACGGGAGAUCCUAUUUUCUCCCUGCAUGGUCAGUGAGCAUCCUUCCAGAUUGUAAGAAUGUUGUUUUUAACACAGCAAAGGUUGUCACUCAGAAAAGUGUUGGUGAUGCUACAUUUGCUUCCAGUGCCAGUGUGAGUGAAUUGUCACUGUCAACUUCACCCUGGAGUUGGUAUAUAGAGAAAGUGGGUGUUUGGAGUAACGACUCAUUCACAGCAACCAGUUUGCUAGAACAGAUAAAUACAACAAAAGACACAAGUGAUUUUCUAUGGUACACUACAAGCAUAGAAGCAGAUGAAAAGAAAGAUGCAUUUUUGCUUAUUCAGAGUUUGGGACAUGCUGCUCUGGUUUUUCUGAACAAAAAAGUUAUAGCAUUUGGCUAUGGUUAUCAUGAUGACGCAAGCUUCAACAUAAGUGAGAAGAUUAGUAUCGCACAAGGAAGCAACACACUGGAUAUAAUUAGUAUGAUGAUUGGUGUACAGAACUAUGGUCCUUGGUUCGAUAUCAUGGGGGCAGGCAUAUAUUCAGUUAUUCUUGCUGAUCUGAAGAAUGCCAAAGAGGACUAUUCAUCUAAAGAAUGGACCUACCAGGUGGGAACAGAAGGGGAAAACCUUGGACUUGAUAAAACUGAUCUUGCUAACAGUUCCCUAUGGACUCAGGGCAGUGCCUUGCCUGUAAAUCAGAGUCUGAUUUGGUACAAGUCCACAUUCCUUGCCCCUGAAGGAAAAGGUCCUCUAUCAUUGAACCUUGCUAGUAUGGGGAAGGGUCAAGCUUGGAUCAAUGGGCAGAGUAUAGGACGAUAUUGGUCUACUUACCUUUCACCAUCGACAGGUUGCACCACAAAUUGCGACUACAGGGGAAGUUAUGAUGCACAAAAAUGCCAAAAGAAGUGUGGCCAACCAGCUCAAAUAUUAUAUCAUAUACCACGCACCUGGGUGCAUCCUGGUGAGAACUUGGUUGUUCUUCAUGAAGAGCUUGGUGGCGACCCUUUGAAAAUUUCUGUGGUGACACGAAGCGGGCAGGAGGUGUGUAGCCAUGUCUCAGAAGAUGAUCCAAUUCCUGUUGACCUCUGGAAUCCAAACUCUGAUUCCAGUUCUCAAACCCCUGAAGUUCGAUUGACAUGUGACCAUGGCUGGAAGAUUGCAUCAGUUGGUUUUGCUAGUUUCGGAAACCCCAAAGGAGAUUGUGGCACAUUUACUGAAGGAAGUUGUCAUGCAGACGUCUUGUCUAUCGUCCAACAGGUUUGCAUGGGUAAGCAAAAAUGUUCGGUUCCAGUUUCCACAGGUAUCCUUGGCAACCCAUGUCCAGGGGUGAUGAAAAGCUUGGCAAUUGAAGCUUUAUGCAGUGUUUGAAGCAUCUAUCACUUUUUCAAUCUGUAAUUGCUGCAUUUAUGAUUUGUUGUGAUAUAACAAAUGGUAUGCUCUAAACGAAAUAAAAGUACAACCUAUUCUCGUUACC